ACAAUCAUAUGCCUCAAACUCCCAAAUACUAUUCUUUAGAUUUUAGUCAAAAGCUGACUCCUCGUGGGAGAUUCUUCUCCACACUACAAAAGCCAUCCCCAUUCCGCCAUUUUUCUUCAAUUCUUCGUCUCAAGAACCAAGAAACUAAACACACAACUUUUUAUAGUUUUUUUUUUUUUUUUUCAGCUUUGUUCUUCAACUCCCACCUCCGCUUUUCUCAACAAUCCUAAUUAAGAGAGAAAAGAAAAACACAAUGUUGGGGAAGAAGAUUGAUUCAGUGAAGAAAUUGGGUAGGAAGGCUAGAGUGAUGAGGAGCAGUUCCGGGCAUGAAGAAUCGCAGUUUCAGGAGUACUUGCUCAAGGGUGGUCGGGAAAAAGGAGGGGCUCCGGCCGGCGGAAAGACGGCGGCGGCGGGGACUUUCGCGGUGUACGUAGGCGAGGAACGGCAGCGCUUCGUCGUCCCGACCAGCUACCUCUCCCAUCCGCUCUUCAAGAUUUUGCUGGAGAAGGCGUGUGAUGAGUUUGGGUUUGCGCAGAGAGGUGGGCUGGCGGUGCCGUGCAGCGUGGCUGCUUUCCGGGAAGUGGUGAGCGCUGUGGAAUGCUGCAAUGGGCAGUUUUGUUUUGGUGAACUUGUAUAGAAUUUUUUGGGCACGGGUUGAUUAGGCUAAAAAAGUUAUGAAUGCGGGUUUUGUCCCGGGGUGAAGAGUACAAUUUUUAUUUUUUUUUCAAUCCCUGUUGAAGUUUCUUGAGAUUAGGGUGAAGUGCAGCGGUAGGAAAGGAUGUGCAUACACCAUGCUUGUAAAUGGUCAUUUUCAUGUGGCUUCCUUGAUUAGGAAACACUACCUCUCUUGUCUUGUAAUAGGGAUGAUAGUUAGGGAUGGUUUUGGUACAAUCCAAAAAUUCAAUUUAUUUGGUUCCCGAAAUUAGAGCAAUUUUUGAAACGUU